GUACAUGAGUCCUGAUUGACAGCAUCAACACGGCGUUUGGCGAUGACAACCCAAACCCUAAGAGCCACACUCGUACACCCUAUAGAGGACACCUCCGAGUAAUGACCACACAUUGUCUGCAACUCUUGCCCUGACAGCUCAUGAACACGGCAAGUCACACGACCUCCGAUCGUCUGUCAUCGAAGUCCUAGCUGCUGCCCCUAUACGCUCAACACGAUCAAGCACGCUAUCGGGAGUCUCGGCUGUAAAGGGCUUCGUGAUGGCGAAGGCGCCGAUUCGAAUCGCCAUCCUUGAGUGCGACGUCACGAUUGGCCGAUUAGCAGAGGGCUACGGUCCGAUAUUCCAACGUCUACUCACGGCGGCUGCAGUGAAGAUCAAGAACGAUGACGGCAGGUCGCCGACACUUGAAAUAAGCUGGUUCAACGUGGUCCAGAAACCCGAGACAUAUCCUAAAUUGGAGGACAUCGAUGCAGUAUUGUUGAGCGGAAGCAAAUUUAAUUCAUUCGACUCUGACCCCUGGAUCCUCAACCUCGUUUCAUUUACCAAGAGCAUCCUCGCACAGACUCGGGUUCGACUGAUCGGCGUUUGUUUCGGCCAUCAGAUCAUUGGACGUGCGCUGGAUAUUCCCGUCGGACGAAGUGAGGCAGGCUGGGAACUGGCAGUGACAGAGCUACAGCUCAGCGAGGUGGGCAAGAGCAUUUUUGGCGGACGAGAGACUAUUGCUAUCCACCAAAUGCACCGUGAUAUUGUCCACGGCCCAUAUCCUGCAUCAAUCGAAAGCCUAGCCUCCACCGACCGAUGUGCCACGCAAGGCAUGUACGCCCGCAACCGCCUCAUCACCGUCCAAGGGCAUCCGGAGUUCACCAAGGACAUCGUUGCGGAGCUGUUGGAACGCCGGCAUGAAGGGAAGAUCCUCGACGACGAGACGUUCAACGAGGCCAUGAGCCGAGUGAGCCGCGACCAUGACGGUCUUGCUAUAGCUGAGGCGUUCAUUAGAUUUCUAUUGGAAUAAUGAUUUAGAUGUACGCUUACUGAAAACAUCGCAAAUAGAUUCAAUAGAUUCAUCAAUUUCACACAAAAGUCAUGAUCCCGAACAAUCGAAGCGAAGAAUUCGACAGCAUCAGAGAACUAGAGGACGAGCGAUUUAUUUCAGCUUCAUGGUACACUACACGUCUUCUUCCAAGUGGCUCAGAUCCCCAUGCAAAGAAAGCUUCUCUCUCUUCGGCGAACGACCUUCACUAAUGCCACUCAUGACCACUCCUGACGACAAGAUAGAAAUCCUGUCAUCGGCGGGGAGUUGUCUCAUCACUCCUGCUCGCCACGAGUUUGUAAAUCCAUUUCACCCGU